AUUAAUUUCGGCAAAUAAUUUUCCCAAUAAUAAAAAUAUUAACAAUAACAAAAUAAAUCGAGGUAAUUAAAGUAUAUAUUAAUGGCAGAAACUCACAAACAACGCUCCCUUUUUACUCCAUCCCCGGAAUCACAACAGCACACAGGCGAGGAAAUUGAAGGGGGGGAGAUCUGAUGUACUUGCUUCCGGAUCUCUACAUACUGCUUCAUGAAGGUUGCCGUAGAGCAUAAAGAUACCAUGGAAAGAAACUGUGAGGCAUCCAUAAAAUGCUUCCAGAACAAGGGUUAUCCUUGCACUCUGUAUUUUAAUGGUAACUCUCUUGAAGGCUUUCCAGGGAUCCAAGAGAGCAUCUAUGCUCACCCAGGUGGAACUGUUACAAAACCAGAGGCCACAUUAAGCAGCAAGCCUCCUGAAUCUUCUGAAGAAUCUAAACAAAGAGAUGUCAGUCAUCAUGACUUUGGCUCAUGGUCAGCCUUCUAUCCCGAUUCUAGUAAUGUGCUGACGCACCAACCUAAUGCCUUUGAGGGACGGUUCUACCCAUUUGCAAUAAAUUAUCAAUUUCAGUAUACCCCGUCAAACAUGUUUCCUCCAAAUUAUCCACAUGAUUACUGCUUCCAAGAUUUUCAAUACUUUAUUGUUAUUGAUUUUGAGGCGACGUGUGACAAAGAAAAGAAUCCUCAUCCACAAGAGAUAAUUGAGUUCCCAUCAGUAAUAGUGAACAGCAUUACUGGACAGUUGGAAGCAUGUUUUCAAACAUAUGUGCGACCAACUUGCAACCAACUCCUGAGUGAUUUCUGCAAGGAUCUGACAGGCAUCCAACAAAUUCAGGUGGACAGGGGUGUUACUCUGAGUGAAGCUCUUCUUAGGCAUGAUAAAUGGCUUGAGAAGAAGGGGAUUAAGAACACCAACUUUGCUGUGGUUACGUGGUCCAAUUGGGAUUGUCGAGUAAUGCUAGAGUCAGAGUGCCGUUACAAAAAACUUAGAAAGCCUCCUUAUUUCAAUCGAUGGAUCAACUUGAAGGUUCCUUUUUGUGAGGUUUUUGGUGGGGUGAGGUGCAAUCUCAAGGAGGCGGUCCAGAUGGCUGGUCUGUCCUGGCAAGGUCGUGCGCACUGUGGUCUAGAUGAUGCCAAAAACACUGCCCGCUUACUUGCAUUGCUCAUGCACAAAGGCUUUAAAUUUUCAAUUACUAACUCGCUUACUUGCCAGACCAUUGAUGAUUGCUAUACUCGGAAGCCAUCCCAGGAACAACAGCCUUUUUCUGCAUCACCUCAACCUCAGAAAUUGAGGGAAUUGCAAGCUCCAGUGGUGCACUACCAUCCUUUUUGUUAUUGUGGGGUGAAAAGCAGCAAAGGGAUUGUUCGUAAACCAGGUCCUAAGCAAGGGAGCCUGUUCUUUGGGUGUGGAAACUGGACUGCUGCUAGAGGUGCUCGAUGCCAUUACUUUGAAUGGGCUUCUACCUGACUCAGAUUAUUCUGUCCAUAAAAUGAGCAAUUCUAUCGUUUGUCAGGCCAAAAAAAAAAGAAAAGAAAAAAAGAAUUGGAUGUCCGUUGCCUUCUGGUUAGGUUUCUGCUUCUCUUCGAGGGACAUGUAGAUAGUUGGCUCUGAUGCUAGAGACGGGCGAUCUAGCCACUCUAGAUGACUUCAUGUUGACAAAAAAUCGAACGUUAUAUAUGCGAGGUACCAAUAGUGCUUUGUUGCUUGCUUAAUUAUCGUUAAUAAUGUGUGAAAUAGGGUAUGUAAUUACAAUGAGAACGACCUCUGUUUAAAUGGGUUUGAGUGCUUAUUUCUGAUCAAUUUCCAUUUACUCA